UAAUCGUUUAUAUAGCAGAAAGAAAAAUACAUCAAUAUUACAAAAACUUAUUCUAAAGCUACAUAAACGGAAAUUAAUUAAUUUCCUUCCAUGUCCGAUGCACAUUUGGAAGCACCGCCUUCGGUGCGCCUCACAAACGAUGAUUUUCGUAAGCUGCUGGCCACGCCGCGUGCCCCGCCACCUGGUUCCUCGAGCAGCAGCGCAGGCAGCGGUUACCUUGCCAGCGCCCAGUUUGCCACGCCCACUGCAGUCGGUGAAAAGAAGAAGAGUCAAAGCAGUAGCGAACGCAAUGAUCUGCGCCGCAAAAAGAAGAACUUCUAUGCAGCACUCAAAAAGCAGGAGGAUGUCAAGCUGCAGGAGCUGUCGGAAAAGUACAGAGAUCGUGCACGCGAGCGUCGAGACAAUGCCAAUCCGGAUUAUCAGAAUGCCAGUACGCCCGGUCAUGGCAGCAGCACAAAUGCCUAUCGAGCCGUAGCGCCAGAUAUGAAAUCCGGCGUAGAUGCAGCGGAGCGCAGACGUCGCAUCAUACAGGAGUCCAAGUUCUUGGGCGGUGACAUGAAGCAUACUCAUUUGGUGAAGGGUCUCGAUUAUGCCCUGCUGCAGAAGGUGCGCUCCGAGCUGCACUGCAAGGAGGCUGAAGAGGAGGAACUAGCAGCUGCCUUGGCGCGUGAAAAGCUGGCGGAAGCAGCAGCUGCUGCAGAGCAACUGGAGGCAGAACGUCGGGAAGCGGAGGAUAUAAAUGCCAUCAAUGGUGCCAUGGCUCGCAACAUAUAUAACCUCAUACAGGCGCGACGCUCCAAGGAGGUGCCCCGCAAUGAGCUGUUUGCGCCCGGGCGCAUGGCCUAUGUGAUUGACAUGGAGGAUGAAAUGGACAUGGACAUACCGACAACGCUGAAGCGCUCAAAGUAUGAGGUUCCUGUGGCACGUGAGGACAUUGCCACGCUGACCACCAACGAUAUUGUUAUCAAUAAGUUGUCACAGAUUCUGAGCUAUCUGCGAGCCGGUGGACGCAAUAAGAAGAACAAGAAACGAGACAAGGAUAAGCCACUGUUCUAUGAGAAGGAAGUGGAGCAUGUGCGCAGCAGCAACAACCACAGCGGCGCCACAGCUGGCGCUGGCGGCGGUUUAAUGCCGAACACUAGCAGUGGCAACAAAUCCGCGAAAACUCUUGGCGAUAGCAUCUAUGAUGAUGUGGGCGAUUAUCAACCCUCAAACUCUCGCAGUGAUCGCCAUCAGCCGAAGCCUGCCACGACUCAAUCCUACUUUGGUGACGCCCCCGCUGAGCCGGAGCCGGUAAUAACAAAUAUACCGCCGCCUCCAAAGAUAUCCAAAGCGAUGGCAUCACGUUUUGCCAAUGAGCCAGAGGGCUAUGCCGAAUGCUAUCCGGGUCUGGAAGAGAUGAAUGAUGCCAUUGAUGAUUCAGAUGAUGAGGUGGACUACACCAAAAUGGACUUGGGUAACAAGAAGGGACCGAUCGGUCGCUGGGACUUCGAUACGCAGGAGGAGUACUCGGACUAUAUGAGCACGAAGGAAGCGCUGCCUAAGGCAGCCUUCCAAUACGGAGUCAAGAUGCAAGACGGUCGCAAGACGCGCAAAAACAAAACCGAGAAGAACGAAAAAGCCGAACUCGAUCGGGAGUGGCAAAAGAUUCAGGGCAUCAUACAGAAACGCAAGCUGCCCAGGGACGGAGGUGGCAGUGGAGGCGGUGGCGGCGAUGAACCCGACUACAAAUCAGCUAAAUACUAAAAUUCACAAUGGAUCAACUCUUUAAAUUAGUUCAGAGUGGAGUUGAUUUAAGGAUUUACAUAAAAACAUAAGAAGGUUCUUUUUAAAUUACUAGAAUUA